AUGAACCUAAUGGGUGCUUUGAUUGUACAAAUGAGUCUUUUUUGGACAUUCUUUGAUCUUAUUCUUCAAUCAACUUACGUGACCAAUAUUGCUUUAAAUAAAGCCACAUACAUGUCAAGUCAGUUUGAACUAAGCACCGGCUCGGAUAAAGCAGUAGACGGUGGGAAGACCCCGACAUACGCCGGGCGUCAGUGUGCCAUAUCAUUUGGCGGACAAACAGCUCUGUGGAGGGUGGACCUAGGUGUACUGAGUAGCAUUCAUCACAUUACAAUAUAUCCCAGGACAGAAAAUUUUCCAUGGGAUGAGACCAAUGGUUAUCUGCGCCGACUACUAGGGUUUUCUGUGUAUGUGACCAAUACAACAGAUAAAGAAGAUGGAUCUAUUUGUUUCUAUGACAACGAGUUCUAUACACCUUCGACAAUUCCUGAAAUACCAACAAUAAAUUGUAAAAUGCACGGCAUAUAUGUCAUAUUUUACAACGAGCGCAAACAAGGACAACCAUCUUAUUAUGAACCUGAAGCUUUUGUUGAAUUAUGCGAGUUUGAGGUUUACGGUAAGCAUUAUUUUUUAUAA